UUUUUUUGCCUUUUUUGGCUGGAAGCCUAUAAAUAUACCAUAAACUACUUUUUUUUCGCCUUUAAUUCGGUUUCAUACGGCACACAACAGAGGCACAGAGCGUGUGAACCCAAAAACAAUGGCGGCGUCGGGAAGACGGUGCCACUAUGAGGUGCUUGGGCUCCAGCAGGAAUGCACGCCCGACGAAAUCCGUUCGGCUUACAGGAAGAUGGCUUUGCAGCUCCACCCGGACAAGCUCGUCCAGUCCGGCUUAUCCCAAGCCGAAGCCACGGCUAAGUUCCAGGAGCUGGUUCAGGCUUAUGAGGUCCUCUCCGACUCUAAAGAGCGCGCCUGGUACGACUCUCACCGCUCGCAGAUUCUUUUUGCUGAUCCCAACUCGGCCAACUCCGUCCCUGACUCGGUAAUCCCCAACCUUUUCUCCUUUUUCUCCAACACCGUUUAUUCCGGCUAUACCGAUAAAGGGAAGGGUUUUUACAAGGUUUACUCCGAUGUGUUCAAUAAGCUGUACGCCAAUGAGAUUAGCUUCAUCACUAGGCUAGGGUUGAGUUCAGAUUUAGUGCGGGAGGCUCCGGCCAUGGGGAAUUUGGAUUCCCCGUACGCUCAGGUGACGGCUUUUUAUGGGUAUUGGCUAGGGUUUUCGACGGUGAUGGAUUUUUGCUGGGUGGACCAAUAUGAUGCUAUGGCGGGUCCGAAUCGGAAAUCGAGGAGAGUGAUGGAAGAGGAGAACAAGAAGCUGAGGAAGAAGGCGAAGCGGGAGUAUAAUGAUACGGUGAGGGGCUUGGCGGAGUUUGUGAAGAAGAGGGAUAAGAGAGUUAUUGAUAUGACGAGGAAAAGGAAUUUGGAGAUGGAGAAGAAGAGGGAAGAGGAGAAAGAGAGGAAGAAGAGAUUGGAGAGAGAGAAGUUAGAGAGGGCUAUGGCUUAUGAGGAGCCAGAGUGGGCUAGAAUUGCUGAAGAGGACGAAGAUGAGGAGGAAGUGGAUCUAAAGGGUUUCGAAGAAGUAGACGAGAAGAAGAAAACUGAGGCUGAGGAAUUGUAUUGUAUGAUGUGUGGGAAGAAGUUUAAGAGUGAGAAACAAUGGAAGAAUCACGAGCAAUCCAAGAAGCAUCGCGAAAAGGUUGCUGAGUUUAGGGAUUCCAUUGAGGAUGAAGAAAGCUUGGAAGUUGAAGUUGGGGAGAAAGAUGAGGUGGAUGAUGGAGUUGAUGAACUAGUCGAGCAAUUGAAAGAUGAUGUUCGGAUUGGAGAGGAAGAGACCCAAGUAAGUGAUAGGAGUGAUGAGUUUUAUGGUGUUGAUAAUGCCGAUAAGUCCACAGAGUUUGAGGAGAAAACUGGCAUUGACAACUUAGAUGAGGAUGGUGACAAUGAUGGCAACGUCGAAGAAAAAGAAGAUGGAGAAGAUGAAAUAGGUUUUCUUGAAGCAAUGUUAGGUGGACGCAAGAAUAGGAGAAAUGGUUUUUUGAGACGGGAGUUGAAUGAGACAUCAACAACCAAAGUUAAUGUUGAAAACGAUAGCGAUGAGUUUGAGUUUAUGGACUACAACAAGACUAAGAGCACAAGAAGGAAACGUGGGGCAAGAAAGGAGAGGAGUAAGAAGAAUGGUCAAGAUAUUGAGAAGGAUGUAAUCAACGAUGGUCAGGGUAAGGAAAGUAAUGGAAAGGAGAAUGUGCAGGCAGAGGAGUCAUCUUCUCAUUCUGUUGUGGGGAAUGGACUUAAUGAUAAAGGAGAUGAUAAUGAUUCUUCCUUUGUAGAAAAUAAGAAGAGUGCGAGUCAGUGUCAUGAUAGAAAAGGAAAUGAUACUAAUACCAAAUCAAAGAACUCAUCCAAAGGAAGAAAAGCUAAGGCAAUAAAGCAUUCUAGCAACACAUGUGAAAAAUGUGGAGAAGAGUUUGAAUCAAAGAAUAAAUUACACAAGCAUUUGAGUGACACCGGACAUGCUGCAACAAAAUAUCUUUGAGAAAACAGGUGCCGUUUCUAUGUAUUAUAGAUAGAUCUGAUGAGAGAAAAUUUAUACAAUAAUUUAUAUCCCCGACUCUUAUGGUAGUUUCUAAUUAGUUGUAUUCCCCAAAAAUGAUUCAUUGAUUCAUUCAAUUUUUAAGAAGAAUUUUGAACGAUUCAAACAAUUUUGUACGGUUGAUUUGAUCUCGUUAUUUAUAAGUAAAAAGCUUUUUUGUUUCAAA